UUGUCCAGGCUCCAGGUCCGCUCCCCACCCCACUUCCCCUCGUCCUUCCUAUCGCUAUUCUCCCAAGCCCGCGGCGGCGAAACCCUAGAGACGGGAGCACUCGGCGGCGGGAGCCAUGGCGGACGAGGAUUAUGAGGCUGACAUGGGAUACGAGGAUGAGCCUCCAGAAGCUGAUAUUGAGGAUGGGGUUGAAGAAGAUCCUGAGAACAAUGAGGAUGCCCCUGAUGACGUGGUAGGGGGUGAAGGUGAAGAAAAGGAACAGGAUAAGACUCCGCGUCCGCGCCAUACAACAAAAUAUAUGACCAAGUAUGAGCGUGCGCGCAUCCUCGGUACACGUGCUUUGCAGAUAAGCAUGAAUGCUCCAGUUAUGGUUGAGCUUGAGGGAGAAACUGAUCCUCUUGAGAUUGCCAUGAAAGAACUGAGAGCACGUAAGAUCCCCUUCACGAUUAGGCGGUACUUACCUGAUGGAAGUUAUGAGGACUGGGGAGUCGAUGAGCUCAUUGUUGAGGACUCCUGGAAGCGUCAAGUUGGCGGGGGCUAAAGCUGGUAGACUUUUCGGCAUGAAAGGCUCUGUGCUGCAUCUGAACUUUUCCCUCGUAGCUAUCCUCUUCGUUAUAUGCAAGUCUAGCACUGAAGUAGUAUGAACUAUGAACAAUGUUAUGUUACUGUACCAUGUGUGUUUUGUGUCUGCCUUGUGUUGUUGAACUGUAAUCAAAUUGCAUGGUUGGAACAGUUUGCUUGGACCAUUGCUGUCAAGCAGCACAAGUUGAACUGAAUUAUGUGAAUAUCCUAUGGACCUUUAACAUCA